UAAAUGUGUCAGUCUGAAAAGUGCCAUCGUUGCUCUGUUCCAUUCCACAGAGGAUUCUCUAAAUCCGUAAAUCUUUUAAUCUGUAUAGCAGUUGUUCAGGACAUGGGAGGUUUCGCCAUAACGUUUUAUAAACAGCGAUGGAGAGCAGAAAAGGAUCUAAAAACUGUCUCUAUGUGAGUCACUUAUCAAGGGUCACUCAACUGCAGAAUGAGUUGCAGGAACUGAGUGAGAGAGAACGCAGGGCACGACACCAUAACCAGAAACUGCUGCAAGAUUUCCAGAGAGCGCAAAACACCCUCAGUGACUUGGUGGCUCGCACUGAAGCAAUGAACACUAUAAGGAUGGAGUAUGAGAGGUUCCUGGAGGAGAACUUCCCUAAAUGGCAGCAGAAGCUGCAAGAAAAAAGGUUGUCAGAACAGCAAAUGAUGAUUGAACAGCACCUAAAGGCCUGCACAUUACGGACAGACGAGGAAGGUCAAAGGAAAGGUUACAAGCAAAACAUGCAAGGAAACUUUCCUUCUACGUGGUUAACUCAGUCACCAAUUCCAGUCACUGAACCGGAGCAUGGUAUCUCAAAGAACAGCAAAAACACCCAGAAUAUUCAAGUUUGGAAUUCAUCUUUACUUGACCCCAGCUUAUUAUCUGGUAGUCCAGUAUUCCUGCAAGACCACAAUUCCAGUGACCAUUUGAGGCAAUAUCCAAACUCCUGUGCCUUUGGGUGUGGAACGUUUAACGUGAGAGUAAAGUGUCCUAAUGAUUGUCCUUCUUGGUCACACCUAUCAUUGACUAAUGACGGUAAGUCGAGAAGAGAAGAAAAACUAAUAUUGAAACAGCAAGAUGCGUCAGCAAACUCUCAGGGUGAGAAUCGUCACAUGCAGAAGCAGAGGAAGAAAGUGAAUAGCAGCGUCACUAAGCCAGUGAAUAUAUCAACUUCUUACAGAGACACUAGUGAAAACAGUCAUCUGUACGCAAAAGCCGUCAAAAGGCUUCCUACUGAAGGGCCAACUACAAGAAAUAAGAGGAUAGAAGAAAAACAGACACACAACACCAGGAAAGGUGUCGUUUCUGAGGGAUCAUGCUCAGUAUCAGACAGUCAGUCUGUUUCAAGCCACAAUGGGAGAAAAAGUGCCUUCAAGACAUCUAAUGUUACUAAUUACCCUAAACAGUUAGUGAAAGAGAACAAACAUGAGAGUAACCUGAUUGAGGAAAAACACACAAGCAAUUGCUGUACAGUUAAGACAGGAGGUAUGAAGAGAUAUGGAGAUGACACAGAAGAGGAAGAAGAAAUAUUAAUUCCUGAAGAGAAGCGAGUGAAUGAAUUGACAAACAGAGUUUCAAUUGAGAAUCAAGGUAACAGGGCAAGUCUGUAUGAAGCACGGGAUAAAAAUCGAGAGGUUGUGGAAAGAUACAGAGAGCAGGACAGUAUAGAUGAAGAAGAGGAGGAAACUUUAAGAAGCAACAUGUCUGUUAAGGAAUCCCUUCUUGAGGAAGUAAACUCUGUGAGAGGAAGUGAAACAGAGGGUGGAGGAGCUGGAGAAGAGAAGGAGGAAGAUGGAGUGAGGGGAGAUGAAGAUGAGAAGAGCAGAUCAUCAGGACAAAUGAACAAAGAGGACAUUAAUGAAUCUGAACAAGAAGGAAAUUAUGGUGAUGUUUUAAAAUCAGGUUCAGAGAGAAGCAUCCAGGACAGUCUAAGAGAAUUGUAUAAAGAUGACACUGAAGACGAUCUGGCUGAGGAACAGGAGGAGGAGGAUGACGAUGAUAAUGUGAUAGUAGAAAAAUCAUCCCCAUGGACAUGCCAUCUUGCUGCUAAAGACUAUAUGGAUGAUGAUGAUGAAGAUGAUGAUGAUGAUGAUGAUGAUGAUAUUGAGGGACUUCUUGCACCACAAAACAAGUCUCUUCAACAUCAUUACUAGACCUCAGUCAAGUUGUGACCUAAAUGUUACCACAUGCCACCAACAUCGACCUAAACAUAAAUGUAGGGAAUCUUCCUUACAACUGGGAGCAAUCCAUCUACCUUCAGUGACUUGUAGAAUCUAUGUCAAUGCUCUUCUGUGUCUCUUAGGCUCCUAACACCUUUCUAAAUCCCUGUUUUUUUCUGUAAAUUGUCACCUGUCUGUAGGGAUUUGGUAAACACACUAUAACGAUGAUCUAAACAAACAUGAUCUAGAUAUGAUUAAUUAAUUCUGCAUGAAUUACAGAGAAGUAAGUGACCUCAGAGAAACGAUUCGGAUAACAAACCUUUUUCAACGGUUGCAGCUGCCAUCAUGUGCCACCUGUGCAACCACACCCAUGAACAAAACAUGUUUAUUAACCUAUAAUUUACUCUUUCUCAGUUAGAGGUUUACAUGCCCUUCGGUUGUUUAGCGGUUUUACAAAGGGUGCUUAACAAAAAAAAUAAAAUAAUAAUUAUAAUAAAAGCAAAAGUAAAAUCCUGACUUAGCAAAUAUAAUGUAUGACAAUCAUGAGUAAUAUGUGCUUCAAAGAAAGCAAAACUGACAUUUGGCUUAUCAAAACAACAGAUGUUUCACCUUCUAUAAUGACAAUGCAGGACCAGCUAAAAAGAAUCAAAUCUCAAAAAUGUAUUUUUAAUAUGGAUAUAUACUGAUGGAAUUUAUAUCAGAUUCAUUGCAUUCGGUACUCUUUUUUUAUAGCUACAAACAAUAUUUUUAUGUUCUGUGAUAAAGUGGAUACUUAAGAAUUGUCCCUAGAUUUGACCAUUGAGUGAGCACAUUAUAUCAAGUUAAAAAUAACUAAUGAAAGGAAUAAUAGAAAGUGAAAUGAAUCAGUCAGUUGUGCAGUUUUGCUGCAGACAUGUAGUCAGACCCGUAAUAAGCAAGUUACUGUUCACUGUAUAGUUUAUACAGUUUUUAUAAAGUGCUUGUUGCUUCUAAGCAUUAGUCCUGAAGUAAAUCAUUCAUUAUUUAGUUCUUUAUAUUCAGGUCAUUAAGUUCAGUAUAGGUUGCAACUCAUCAUAACUAGUCACCUAACCAGAUUUAUAGCCAGUUUUAUAGUUUCAGAUUUGUUUACUCAGUCAAGUUUUUAAUUUUUUUAGAUUCUUUUCAGAUUCUUUAAAAUCUGUCAUAAUUUAUUGGUGUGAAAAAGUAUCUACAGAAAACCUCGAAGUUAGUACAAAUGCCUAGAAAGAGGUUUAAUAAUCAUGCAUUUGGUUUUUGUUAGCGUAUAUUAGGAAAUACUAGGUACGUUUUGCUAGAUUUAAGAUAUUUUGACUAGGUGUUAUUUUUUAUAGUGUAUAGUGACAUACUAACAUACGCUUUUUAAUUAGAACCCACAAUAUGGACAUAAAUGUAGAGAUGUUAACAGAGCAACUAUUGCCUAUUCAAUCUAUAGUAUAAUGUCUUGGUUGUGUUUUUUAUGUGUUUAUUAAUGAUUUGUUUUAUCCCAGGUUGGAAAGUAAAGAUGAGCCAGUGGAUUCUAGUGAUGAAUUUGACCAUUUUUAUGAUGAGUUCCACUUGGCCAACACAUACAUUGAAGAUAAAAUUGAACUCAUAAAUGACAAAUUACAAACAUUAUUCAGGACAUCUUAAUAGAUAAAAACAUAUCUAAUAUCUGCCUGCAGUAGGACAGAAGCUUCAGCAAUUCUGUGCUUUCAGCAUAUGAACUAGGUUUAAAACCUGUACAGCAAACACAGACAAGCAGACUGAAAGAUUAAUAGAGAACAACACAGAGAAUUACAAAGAGAUGAAAGGACAAACCAGAGCAAGGAAUCCCUCAGGCUUUUAUGUUAUUUGCUGGGAGCUUAUCGGCUUGCCCUGAAAGAACCACAGUACUGUCACUGUGCAAACACAGGUGGGUCUGCUCGACCAACAGAACGAGAAAGAGAUAUGAAGGAGAAUAAUAGAAAAAAGGGAAUAGAUCACAAUGGAGGCAGUUAAAUGAAAAGAGAAUUGUGAAAGAGAAUUGUGAGGAGAAAACAGAUCAUCUCUUCUUACAUAUCAUCUAGAAACUGCAUUUCCUAUUUUGAAAGAAACACUACGAGUAUCCAAAGUGUGUUAUAUGCGUAAUAUAAAUGUAGAAAUGGUUAGAACGCUUUCAUAUUUAGAUUGGAAGCACAGCCUGAGGGGAGGAGGGUGAGUUGGAGUUCGGGCAGUGAGAGGAGGCCGGAGUGAGGGGGCAAUGGGGCUGAGCGAUGGCUGUUUAAGCGAUGUCUGUUUGAACAGGCAUGUUUGCAUGGAUGAAAAGGGACAGAGAAACGCUAGCAGAGAUGCACAUUAACAGACAGACGAAGAAAAAAAGCUGCCACUGUGUAAACUGCACCGGCCCAGUCUUUCCUUCUGGUGGUCAUGACAACGCUGCAGAAGCUACUCUUUGCCCAGUCACAUGCCCUCCUUUUGACAUAAGAAACAAAACGUCUCCAAUGUGGCAAGUCACAGCAGACAUUUUGAAUCAGUUACUGCUGUAAACCAACUUCUACAACUAUUGUUUUUUUCACUGUUUCCCUGAAUAGCAACAAACUAUGUUAUUUUAGCUGAAAAUGUUUUUUUAAGCAGUUUCAUGCAAUACACUAUUAGUCUUGACUGAAAUUUGAAUAAUUGAUGUAUAUGUAUAUAAUAUUUUAUUUAGAUUUUUUUUUGCAAAUUAAAUUCCUGUAUAAGCUAAAGAAAAACCCUCAAAGGCAGAAUAACAUUCUGGCAACACUUAAUAACACUUUAACUAUUAUACACUCUGUCCUUCUGAUUACUUGGGUAUCGGAUUAGGGCAUUUUUGUGUGACUGUAUUUAAUUAAAUCAGCCCUUUUGGGGUCUUUUCUAUCCUUCCACAACCACAGAGUGCUCCAAAAUACAUUCUAGACUGAGGAAGCCUGAGAAACACAGCAUUUCAAUUUUACCAACUCCUUUUGAUCUAUUGAACAGCACAUGCUAUUUAAAAAAGCAUUUUAUAAAUCACAGUUUAUAAAUCAUGUUACUAUUCAGUUUUUCAAACUGUAGAUGUAAGCGUGAAGAAAGUCUGGAUCUUAUUAGGAGUCCUAAGGGUUUAGGGGGUUAAUCAAAGACAAUCUCUUCAUCAGUCAUAUCCGUGUCCAUCACAAUGUGGAACUCACAGUGUGGCAGUCACAACUCAAAGCUCAUGAACUCCUCAUCCCUCACUCUUUCUCUGUGGAUUGGACACACACAGAGGAGCCCAUGGCCUCUGUUCAGAUCGCUGUGGGUGUCCUGGUGCCCCUGCUAAGGAAGACACAGCUUUGGGGAGGUCUGUCGUUAAAGCUGGUGUCAUCCCUUUGUCCACAUCCACUUGUACACAAUGCUGCUUUCCCAAGAUACAAAGCUUAGUGCAGGAGGGGUGGAAGGAAGGUCGGGACCUUUUGAAUAACCUUCCCGACAUAGCCAUGUAGCAGAAUGUAAUACCACACACUAGCCAUGCUACAUCAUUUACUCACCUAUCCUGGAUAUUUCCUCCAUGCCACAUCUUAUGUAAAGAAAUUGAUGCUUAUUUCCAUGUAAAAUGAUCUAUAAAUCAUAGUGUUAUUGAUUUAGUACUUGCCUGCCCAAAUGUUUAUUAAUGUUUAAUGGACUUUGAGCUUUUAUUUUGUGACUGAAGAUUUAUAGUAUAUAUUUAAAAUACCACUGUUUAUGAGAAAAUGUCAAAUGUGAAAUUGGUGAUUAGAGC